UAUCACAUAAACCCUAGGAAAAUCAGAGGAAACCGCAGCCAACCCCCAUUCUACACGAACAAACACUUCAACAAAAUCCAGCUUUAUCAACACGCCGCCGCCGCCGACAACCGACAUGCGCCGCCUGAGCUCCUCCUUCGACCUCCUCCGUUCCGGCCGCCGUACCACCACCAUCACCUCCGCCACCAUCGCUCUGACCUCGUCGAUUCUCACUAUCAUUAUUAUUUCAACGUAUGCUACCAUCACAAUUUGCUGAAACAAUAACGAUCGAAUAAUCCGCUCUGAUUAGAUCUCUGCGUUUGUAUUAUCUGAUAUAUCGGAUCGAAUAUGUUGGUUGCCGUGGCGGCUGCGUUCAAGAGCUGCUUUACUAGCAGUGUGUGCUUGAGGGACUCUGCUCUCCAGUUUCCACCUCCCACGAGGAGGAAUGCAAAAUGGAGGUCCCCACGAGCUGCCGCAAUCCCUAAUUUUCACCUUCCUAUGCGUAGCUUUGAAGUGAAAAACCGGACAUCUGUAGAGGACAUCAAGGCUCUGAGAUUAAUUACUGCAAUCAAAACUCCAUAUUUACCAGAUGGCAGAUUCGAUCUUGAAGCCUACGAUGCAUUGGUGAACAUGCAGAUAGAACACGGGGCAGAAGCUGUGAUUGUGGGCGGCACAACUGGUGAAGGUCAAUUGAUGAGCUGGGAUGAGCACAUAAUGCUUAUUGGUCACACAGUGAACUGUUUUGGGGGAUCAAUCAAGGUUAUCGGAAACACGGGAAGCAACUCUACAAGGGAAGCAAUCCACGCAACUGAGCAAGGUUUUGCGGUCGGAAUGCACGCCGCUCUCCACAUCAACCCUUACUAUGGCAAAACCUCCUUGGAGGGUUUGGUUUCUCAUUUUAAUAGCGUACUCCCUAUGGGCCCCACAAUUAUAUACAACGUGCCUUCACGAACUGGGCAAGAUAUCCCUCCGCUUGUAAUUCACAGUGUGGCAAAGAGUGCCAAUUUGGCAGGUGUAAAAGAGUGUGUUGGAAACGACCGGGUGGAGAAUUAUACGAAAAAUGGAAUUGUGGUGUGGAGUGGGAAUGAUGAUGAAUGCCAUGACUCUAGAUGGAGCCAUGGUGCUGUUGGAGUUGUUUCAGUCACCAGCAAUUUGGUUCCAGGUUUGAUGCAUGAGCUUAUCUUUGGGGGAAAGAACCCUUCUCUAAAUGCAAUGGUUUUGCCUUUAAUGAAGUGGCUUUUCCAAGAGCCUAAUCCCAUUGGCCUAAACACAGCAUUGGCUCAGCUUGGGGUUGUGAGGUCAGUUUUCCGGCUACCUUAUGUGCCGCUUCCCUUGGCAAAGAGGGUGGAAUUUGUGAAGCUUGUGAAGGAAAUUGGGCGGGAGAAUUUUGUAGGUAAAAGAGAUGUCCAGGUUCUUGAUGACGAUGACUUUAUUUUGGUGGGUCGGUAUUAGUCUGAGGUCAGUUUGGUAUUUUACUUUUCUUUCGGGAUUUGUUCGCUUUAGACUAUGAGUUGUGUUUCUUAACUUGCUAGCAAGUUAUUGAAGAUAAAAAUUUGUCCUAAAUUAAAUGCACUACUAUGGUUUUAUUAUGGCCAUUAGAAAAUAAAGCAUGGCUUAUUUUUUGGUA